GGCAAAAUGAGGUCCACUACUGCCUUAAUUAUGGAUCGAGUCCACAGCUGGGGAUUUCUGAUACAGCGACAGCUUUUAAGAUAAAAGCAGGGCGCAAUCCUCUGCCUUGUCUUCUUUCUCUCUUACAAUCUAGUCGCCAUUGAAUCUCUUCUGCCAAUACUCUUUUUGCUAAUCAACCAGCACAAUGGCUAUGGAUUUCACGUUCUAUUAUUACUCGCCGUCCACCGCAGCCGCGGGCAUCUUCGUGGUCCUGUUCGGCCUCAGCACCCUUCUGCACUUCUACCAGCUGGCCCGGACUCGGUCAUGGUUCAUGAUCCCUUUCUUCAUCGGAGGCAUCCUCGAGACCAUCGGAUACGUGGGCCGCCUGCUGUCCGCCCUUCAAAGCCCCGAUUUCACCAAAGGGCCCUACAUCAUCCAAAGCGCCCUGAUCCUCAUUGCGCCCGCCUUCCUCGCCGCGAGCAUCUACAUGACCCUCGGUCGGAUCAUCCGUAUGGUCCACGCAGAGCAAUACGCAGUCAUCCGACUGAGCUGGAUGACCAAGAUCUUCGUGACGGGCGAUGUGCUUUCCUUCUUGAUGCAGGCUUCCGGCGCCGGGCUGAUGGUCAGCAACUCCAACGACCCCUCCACCGGAGAACACAUCAUUAUCGGCGGUCUCUUCGUCCAGAUCAUCUUCUUCGGCUUCUUCAUCAUCACGGCUAUUAUCUUCGAGUCGCGCAUGCGGAAGAACCCGACCGGCACGGCCAUGGAACUGUCCGGUGUGUGGCGCCGGCACAUGGUCGCCCUCUAUGUCUCGAGUUUUUUAAUCUUCGUUCGUUCCAUCAUCAGGGUGGUGGAGUACCUGGAAGGGUAUGACGGGUAUCUCAUGAAACACGAGGCGUUCAUCUAUGUCUUCGACGCGCUCCUGAUGUUCGGGGCGAUGGUCGUGCUGCAGUACAUCCAUCCCAGCCAGAUCAACUGCUUCCUUGGGAUGGGGGACAAGUACUCGGAGAAGGCCUUCAAGACGCGCAAGUUCGUGCCGCUUGCGACGGAGAUGGAGGUGUCGUCUGAUGUUUGA